AUGACAUCUGCUUCUACAUCUGACAUUUUUCAAUUUAAAAUAACUUUGAAGGGGGCCCAACCUCUCAUAUGGCGUCGUAUUCAAAUUUCUAAAAAUGCGACUUUCGAAAAAUUCCAUUUGGCUGUAAAUAAAUCCAUGGGUUGGAAUGAAUCGCAUGUGCACGAAUUCCGUUUAAAGACUAAGACUGAUGUCAUUGGCCCUAAAGAUAGAAGUUGUUUUAUUGACGCUAUGUGUUGGGAUAACGUACUUGGAAAACGAAAUAUCCUGGAUGAAUCUAAGAUUAAGAUAUCUACUCAUUUUAAUAAGCCGAAGGACUCGAUGGUGUACGUGUAUGAUCUGGGUGAUAGAUGGACACAUAGCAUUGUUUUAGAAGAAAUCCUGCAAUCUCUUCCUAAGAAAAAAUAUCCUGUUUGUCUGGAUGGCAGAAGAGCUUGUCCUCCUGACGAUUGCGGUGGAGAACCUGGUUUUAAAGAUCUGCUUGAAAUUUUGUCUAAUCCUCGCCACCCUGAAUUUAAAGAAAAGAAGGAAUGGUUAUGUUAUAUUGGUAAAAGAAAUUGGAAACCUGAAGUUUUUGAUGUUAAGUCUGUCAAAUCGUGA